AUGGCGAAUCACGGCAAUCAUUGUAAUGAUAUCAGCUGUCACAAUUGCUACAUUCCACAUACAACUGCGCCAAUUCAUGUGUUCAAGAAUGUAGCUCCGAAAUUAGUGCCUUUCACUAAAUUUGUCUGCAUCUACUUUGUUGCUUGGACGCCUUAUGAAAAUCCCAAUCUUUAUGCAGCUAUAAUUAAAUGUCUGCCCAUCUUGGCUUUGUUUGCGUUUGUUUGUUUACAACAUACAACCAAUUAUGAAGAGAGCAAGUAUCGUUACUGUGUUUUAUUGGGUUUGCUAUUAAGUUGUGUAGGCGAUUUUUUACUUAUUUGGGAAGAAUUAUUUGGGUACGGUGUAUGCUUUUUUGGCUGCGCUCAUAUUGCUUAUAUAUGCGGUUUCGGCUGGCUUGAACCAUUUAACGUACGCUUAGGGAUAGGAAUUUAUGCCUUAGGAAUAUUGACAUACCUAUUAGUUUUGCCUGUGCUGCCCCAGGUAGUAGCAAUUGUAACUGGAUUGUAUUGUAUCACAAUUAGUACAGCAGCAUGGCGUGCAGUCGCUCGUGUUGAAUUCACAUGGGAAAUAUGGAAAUGGACGAAAUUAUUCGCAGCUAUUGGAACAGUCCUAUUUUGCAUUUCAGAUACAAUGAUUGUUUUUAGUAUGUUUCGCGGUUGGUCACUACCAGGCAAUUUUCAACGAGGUAUUGUGAUGUCGACUUAUUAUACAGCUCAAUUAGGGAUCGCGUUGUCGGCUGUUAAUCAUCAAAAAUUGCUAAUGGAAAGUCUUGCCUUGCAAAAGCCAAGAACUGAUUAA